ACGGAGGCGAGCCCUCGUCGGGAAGCAGUUGGGAACGUCGUUGAUGACUAGGAGCUGCUCGGGCUGGGGGCGACUCGAGAGAUCUCGUCGGAAACGACUCAGUCGGGAGGCAAGCGCAUCAUGCCAGUUGUGGAGGAGCGGGAGGGACUUGGAGCAGCGGCUCAGAAAAGGCAAAGAAAGGAAGAAGGGAGUGCUCAGCCACCGAUGACAAAAGAGCGCGACUCCGUUGAGAAGAGGAAAAGGGUUGGCGGUGUAGAUGAUACGCCCCGAGAGCCUUCGACACGACGAAGAACCGGGGAGUCUUCCGGGAAGAGGUCGAAGUCGACAAAGGAGAGGAAACCAGAUGAGGGCGACACCGAGGAGGGGGACGACGACAUGGAGAUUAACCUGAACACAUUUAACCUCGACAAAGCGUUCUUCCUGGAGAUGAAAACGGGGGUGCAGAGGGACGUCGUGUUGCACGUUCAUCUCGAAAGAAUAUUGCAUAUUCCAGACAGGGAAGACGCGUACAACCAUCGAUCCUUGGACGCGUUCCUCGUGGACACCAUCGCGGCGACUAUGAUCGGCUGCUACGAACGUAAAGACAUGAGAUAUACAAAACCGAUUUUCGUUCUGGCUCCGAUCGUCGCGCCACCAGAGAAAAACAAACAUGCUGUGCGCGUGCUGCCUCGAGACUUCGACGCCUCGCACCCCGAGAAGUACUGGUAUUAUCCUGUGUGUGGUCAGCAUAAUGCGAGGGCGGUGAUGAAGGUGAAAGACCAUGUGGUGUUCGGUUACUACAACUUUUGUGAAUGACCAUUCAGACCAAUUUACUUCCCUGACGACGAAUUCGACGGCUACGCCCAUGUCAGCUGCAAAG